GGAGCGGAUCGAGCUUCAGCCGAUUGAUUACAGAAGGCAGAAAUAUUUGUCGCUCCACUCAUCUAUUCACGUGCGGAUUUCAGUCUGCGGGUUGAUAGCCUGUAAUCCUGAGCAGAUCCAGAGUGCUGGACAGUAGCAGUGGGCGCGUGGGGAGAAAAACACGUCCAUGACAUCAUCCGCCUUGUUGUGAUUCCCGAUCCCACCGGGUUCAUCUCGUGGAUGCAAUCACAGGAUUCCCACACUGAUCCCCCCCGUGUGCAACUUCAGCUCUUCAGUAACGGUCUGACGCUCACGCCCGCGUUGGGUUUACUUUAAGACUUGCGAUAUCUUUUUGCGCUCUUGCCUUUGCUUUCGACAUCGCCAUUGUUGGGUUCAGCAGAGUUAUGAGGACGACUGAGAGAUGCUUCCGGUGUAAAAGUGAUAUCUUUAUGAAAGCUGUCGCGAGGAAGAGCUGUCCGCUGUGCUCAUGCGAUCGAGGCUAUUGUUAGACGAGAUGAAACGGUGUCGGUUGGCGUGACACACCUGGGAUUGUUACAGAAGACCUCCGAGCACGUAUUUCUACUGUUCCCCACAUCCAUCGUGCCUGCAAGCGGAAAGGAUUCGUUUGUUUCGCCGAAUAUUAGUUAGAGAAGCCAUUCUAGUGUAUGUUAUUUCAUGGGGAUGUGUUCAAGGCAAGAGAGGAUUCAAAAAGACGUCGACAUCGUAAUUCAAAGGUGUAAGGCAGAGAAAGACUGCCUGUUUUCUGACUUUAGAUUUUCCGACUCCACCUUCACAUUCACCUACUCCAAAGGACCUAAAAGGGUGACCUACUCUGUUCAUGUCUCUGAUGAUUAUCCAGAUAACACGUAUGUGUCUAACUCUGAAAACGAUGAUGAAGUGUUAGUCACCAGGGAUCCGAUACCAGUGAUUUUCCAUAGAAUUGCAACAGAAAUACGCAUAAAUAAUGAUGCCACCAGCUGUCUGUCUAUUAAAUCAAAACUUCAAACCGACAAAAACUCGUGCCAUUAUGCUAUAGAGGAGGAUUCAGAGGGUGACAAUGAUUCUGAGGAGUUCUACUAUGUUGGACAGGUAAAUUAUGAUGGAGAGCUUCACAAGCACCCCCAGCUGGAGGCUGAUUUGGCAGCCGUGAGGGACUUAUAUGGCCAUCAUGCAGUAUCUCUCAGGGAAUAUGGUGCAAUUGAUGAUGUGGACAUCGACCUACACAUUGAUGUAACUUUCCUAGAUGAGGAGAUUGCACUUGCCUGGGAUGUGAUCCGGAGUGAACCUGUUAUUGUGCGGCUUCACUGCUCCCUCACACAAUAUCUGAAUGGACCAGAAUUUAAUGUCCCGUUUCCAGUUCCCACUGUUGAUGUGUUUCAAGUGUCUUCAAAAGACAGAUUUGGACUUGGACAUCAGCUGAAAAAGAUAAUGCAAACCUUUGUCACACAGCAGUGGAAGUGUCAGAGCAAAGACAAACUCAUCAGCCCACACAGCAAAAAGCAAACCGAAAAGAAGGUGAAGUCUCCCCUGCACAUUUUUUCAACUUUACGCAGAUCCCCCAGCUACCCUCCUCCUGGCUGCGUGAAGAGCAAAAAGAAGCUCAAACCCGAGCAGGAUGGCAUGUCAAAAUCCCACCGUCUCUUACGGCGAACAUGCUCCAGCACAGUGAAGCCAGAGAUGGACGGCUGUGUCGGCAAGUCGCACAAGCUUUUGGGUCACUCCCUUUCCAAUGACCCACGAAUGGAGCAACAUCAGCCCCUCAAACAGCCCCACCGGCUGCUGCCGAGGCCCUGCUCGACCGCUGUGAAACCAGAGGACUGCCCGCCACUGCGGCCUCAUAAACUGUCACCGCGGUCGAGCACGGCAGAGCCUCGCUGCGAACAUGCUGCUGGCAGUAGCGAUGGCGGUGCUUUAAAGCCCCACCGGCUCCUGGGCCGCUCCUGCUCGGGCAGUGUGCGGACUGAAGAGCUGGAUGGCCUGAAGCACCACCACCGUCUGCUCAGCAGGUCCUACUCCAGCAGCACCAAGAUUGACAAAAGCGACAUCUUUAAAGAGCCUGUCACCGAGAGCAGACGCCUCUCCCUUACCUCAGGGCUAAUCGGCAUCCUGGCCCCAUCACUAUCUUCCACACCUCAGCCAAACAUCGGAGCCAAAUCCAUUCCAAUCAGAGACAGAGGCUUCCUUGUUCAGACUAUGGAGUAUGCAGAACAGCGUAUCCCUGUACUGAAUGAGUUCUGUGUGGUCUGCGAUGAACCUCACGUGUUCCAAAAUGGACCAAUGCUCAGACCCACAGUGUGUGAGAGAGAGUUAUGUGUAUUCGCCUUCCAAACUCUAGGGGUCAUGAAUGAGGCUGCUGAUGAGAUUGCCACUGGUGCUCAGGUUGUAGACUUACUGGUCUCCAUGUGUCGAUCCGCACUGGAGUCUCCGAGGAAAGUUGUCAUUUUUGAGCCAUAUCCUUCUGUGGUGGAUCCCAAUGACUCACAAGCACUUGCCUUCAACCCCAGGAAAAAGGACUAUGACCGAGUGAUGAGAGCACUUGACAGUAUCACAUCUAUCAGAGAAAUGACCCAGGCACCAUAUCUGGAGAUAAAGAGACAAAUGGACAAGCACGAUCCUUUGGCUCACCCACUACUGCAGUGGGUGAUAUCCAGUAACAGAUCACACAUAGUGAAGCUUCCUGUUACUAGACAACUGAAGUUCAUGCACACACCCCAUCAGUUCCUCCUGCUCAGCAGUCCGCCAGCCAAAGAAUCCAACUUUAGAGCUGCCAAAGGCCUCUUUGGGAGUACCUUUGCUUUUCAUGGAUCACACAUAGAAAACUGGCACUCCAUUUUGAGGAAUGGUUUGGUCGUGGCAUCAAACACAAGGCUUCAGCUCCAUGGCGCUAUCUAUGGGAGUGGAAUCUAUCUCAGUCCAUUAUCAAGCAUAUCCUUUGGCUACUCAGGGAUGAAUAAAAAACAGCAGAAAGUUGCUUCAAAAGAUGAAACUGCUGCCAACAAGUCCAAUAUUCAUUUGCAGUCACAGAAGAAAGGCCAGAACCCGCAGUUUCUGCAGAGCCGCAACCUGAAAUGCAUAGCCUUGUGUGAAGCUAUUACAUCUCCAGACCUGCACAAGCAUGGUGACAUCUGGGUAGUUCCAAAUACAGAUCAUGUCUGCACACGUUUUUUCUUUGUUUAUGAGGACGGACAGGUAGGUGACACGAGUAUAAACACACAGGACCCUGGUAUUCAUAGGGAGAUCCUGCGAGUCAUCGGCAAUCAAACGGCUACUGGAUGAAAGAGUUUGAACACAAUACGCUGCCUUGACCUCUUUCCCAAAGCUGGACAUUUGAGCGUAGGAGGCCAAUACCGUGUAUUUUUUGGUAACCACAUGAACACACACACACACACACACACACACACACACACACACACACACACACACACACACACACACACACACACACACACACACACACACACACACACACAUAUAUAUAAAGAAAAAAAAGAUAUUCGCAAUCUUAAAAAUACACUAUUUAUACUGUUCCCCUGGGAUACAUGCACAUUUACACUGGCUAUUCAAACUAUUACCAUUUUGCUAAGUUUAUAAAUACAAGGUACAUUUUGAAAGAGCAUGGUAUGUCUCUCAGUUCAACUGAUGGACUACUUAUUUUUUGUAAAGAUACAAAAAAUGAAAACACUUUGAAGAAUAUAGUAUUUUAAGACUUUCCUGGAGAAAAUACAAUAUUCCUGUGUGGAUAUGCUCCAUCUGACCUUGUUUACUAAGAGUUGUACUUGUUAAAGUACAUUAAUUUGUGUAUACAAAAGGUGUCUACUGUAUAUGCACUUUAUUUUUCUUAAUGUAUGAUAGUUUCAAACUUCCAUAUAAUCUUAAAUGCCUUUCAAAGACAGACAUAUUUAUUGUUUGACAGUGCUGUACACAAGUGAGCAACUCCUGAUGUUGACUGCAUUUACAGCGGAGUGAGAGCUUUGACAAGUGUAGUUAAAAAACAAAAUCCCUGUGGCUACAGCUUAUAUGUCAUGCUACAUAAAAGUAGCUGUCAGUUUACAAUUUCUAAAGGCCUCAGUUUAGAAUUUGCCCAGAUUUACCAAACCUGCCACUUCAUUAACUUUAUCAUUUUAAAUAUACAGUAUUGCUGUAACAUUUUCAUUGGUGAGUGACUAUACCAACUAUAUAUAUAUAUAAAAAUAUACAAAAAAUUUGAAAACUUUCUAUAUUCGGCAGCAGCAACUAAACAUAAGAUGCAUGCUGCUUUCCUUACUUUUUCAAAUAAUUUGUUUUCCUGGUAUGGUUAGAGAAUUUUUUGAUAAAGGACAAAAUCGGCACCCAAUUGUAAAAUAUCUUUUCAAUAUAAAUCUUUUUUGUAAGGUGAUUUUAAGGCAGAAUAAAUGUUUGCUGCUUGUUGUUUUUACAUUGUAAUGUAAUAACAGAAGGUUCAAAUGUGUGAGUGUUCUGUUCGAUUUUUGCAGUUCUUUAUAGUGAUGUUUAGACACCAGUGUGGUUGUUAACUUUACUUUCUAAACAUUAAUUUGUUCAGUCGUUAAAAUCACUAAAUGAUUUUUGAGAAUGAUCACCCAAUAUAGAUAUUAGGAAUAUGUGCAUAAAGGUAACACGUUUGGUUAAAAUUUAUUAAAAUUGUUUUAAAAAUACUAUUUGAGGAAAUGCAACUUUUACAUAGAGUCAAGAUGUAGCACCACAACACUUUUCUCACUUAUGGGCAAAAUCAUGGGUUUUAUUAAUAUGGGCACAUUAAAUAUGUAGUAUUGAUCAUUUUGUGUGCAGAAAAGUAUUUUGUAUUUUUCCAUGGGACUCUGAAAUACUGGUAAAUCCACAUGAUAUUCACUUGCAAUAUAUUUCAUUUUAUUCCAUUGUAGAUUCAAUUGAUCGAAUGGCAACAUCUUAAUAUUACAUUUAAUCUAAAGUGAAAGUUCACCUAAUCAUUAUGCAUUGUCAAGUUUGUCAUUACUGAAAAAGGGAUGUAAAUCAGAUUUAUUACAAUGAGUAUUCCUUCAAAUCCACAAUCUGAUCAGUUAAUAAUAAUAUCUCUUUUAAGGAUUAAAAUAGGGAUUAGUUAUUACAUGCAUGUACACAUAACUGUAUAUCAUAACUGUUUUAAAACUUUUUUAUUUUACUUUACCUUCAUUAUGAUGGACUAUGUUCAUAUGUGAUAGUUCUGGUUGUAUAGUUUUAUACAUUUUCUGCACAAAUUGGUAAAAAAAAAGAAAAAGAAAAAAGAAGAGAGAUCAUGCUAUUAGCAUAUGGUGCCUUAUAGAUAAGGAUUUAAUGGCAAAUUUGACAAUACUGUCAUAUGUGAAAAUACUGUAUAUAUUGUAAAUAAUGCCACAGCAACAUGGAGGCCAAAUAUUUUCUGUAGUACGUUUUUACUUUUUCCUUAUUUUGCGAACAGAUCAAGCUUUUUGGCUUUUUACAAGUUAUGGAAAUAGUAGCUUAUGUAUCUUAUGUUCAUUAUGUUCAUUAAAUUCAAAUUUGCCUAUAA